AUGGCCGAGGCAAUCAGGGCUGCUUCCAAUGGCAAUCUGUCGAUGUGGAAGAAGUAUGGGCCCUCAGAAAACACCGUCAGGGGGAUCACUAUUGGAGGUCUGACCGGGGCCAUUGAGAUUUGCAUCACUUUCCCGACGGAGUACGUAAAGACACAGCUGCAGUUGGAUGAGCGGAGUGCACAGCCUAAGUACAAGGGACCCAUCGACUGCGUCAAACAAACCGUUCGUGGCCAUGGAUUCUUCGGACUAUACCGUGGACUCUCAGUCCUGCUCUACGGGUCCAUCCCGAAAAGUGGUGCUCGUUUCGGAACUUUCGAGUUUCUGAAGGGAAAAGCUGCCGAUGAGCGUGGCAAUCUGACUCCAAUGACUCGCCUCCUCUGCGGACUUGGUGCAGGAGUAUCGGAAGCUAUUUUGGCCGUGACACCGAUGGAAACGAUCAAGGUGAAGUUGAUCCAUGAUCAGACGCUUGAGAAGCCUCGUUAUCGCGGAUUCGUCCAUGGAGUGUCGACGAUCAUAAAGACUGACGGGUUGAAGGGAAUUUAUCAAGGUCUCACGGCUACUAUUAUCAAACAAGGCUCCAACCAGGCUAUUCGCUUUUUCGUUAUGGAAACUUUGAAGGACUGGUAUCGCGGUGGCGAUAACACGAAGCCAAUUGCUAAGCCUCUCGUUGGUUUGAUGGGUGCCAUUGCCGGAGCUGCCUCGGUAUACGGAAAUACCCCGGUUGACGUCGUGAAGACUCGAAUGCAAGGCCUUGAGCGCCAAAAGUACAAGAAUACCUUCGACUGUGCACUACAAAUCUGGCGCAAGGAAGGCUUCUUCGCGUUCUACAAAGGGACCGUUCCCCGCCUUUCUCGUGUCUGCUUAGAUGUGGCUAUCACCUUCAUGAUCUAUGAUUCGAUCAUCGAAGCCCUUAACAAAUACUGGAAGAAG